AUGGAAAAGCGUACCCGGCGUCUCGGCCACAAGAAGUCGAGGAACGGGUGCCAGCGGUGCAAAGACCGCCGUGUCAAGUGCGACGAGGGACGGCCUUGUCAAAAGUGCCUGGGCCACGGCGCCCACUGCAGCCUCCUCGAUCAUCCCUCACCACCAGUGACGGUGCCAGCCACUCCACUUGCACCCUCGAAGCCUCCGGAAUCUACCCCUGUUCGCCCGGCGUAUGGCGUUCAGGGGGCAGCGAGUGAAGCGAGCAUCACUCCGACAGCAGUGAACAGCACGUCAUCCCCGUACCAUCCAGAGUCGGCGCCCGAUCCGCCCAGCCCAUUGGCUGUUGCGGAUCCCUGGGACCUUUCGGAAGAUUGGAUGCUGAGCCUACGCCUGAUGCACCACUAUAGCACCAACACCCGGCACAUCCUAUCCCAAGAUGCAAGUACGGACGAGCUGUGGAAGACCACCAUCCCUGAGAUGGCUUGCUCGCAUAAAUUCCUCAUGCACGGCCUGCUGGCCCUCGCAGCCCUGCACUACGCCCACGGUCAUCCCCAGGAGCGGAAGAAAUGGGACAUCAUCUCGGUGUACCACCAGAACAUGGCGCUGCGCUUCUUCGCCCUCCGCCUCACCGACAUCAAGAAGGACAACUGCGAGGCCUACUUCCUCCUGGCCACCCUCAUCUUCAUCGUCAGCAUCUGCUCCGUCGCCCACAGCGACAGCCUGGGCCGGACCGCCUCGCUCGACGACAUCGCGCAGUCCUUCAUGCUCCUCCACGGCGUCAAGGGCAUCCUCGACUUCCAGCCCAUCGAGGUCUGGCGGAAGCGCGGCGGGCCCUUGGAGCAGCUGCUGCGCCCCCCAGUGCUGCCGCCGAGCCGGAGCUGGUCGUCGUCGCCGUUCCAGCGCCGCCUCGACGCCGUCACCGCCCUGGCGCGGGAGGUCCCCGCGUCCUUCGAAGCCGUCAUCAACCCGCAGUCCGUCUGCGUGCUGGCGCUCGAGUCCCUGCGGCGGACCCACCUCACGUGCAAGAGCGAGCUGGGCAGGGUGAACGGCACGUGGAAGUGGUCGUCGUCGCUGCCGGCGCUGUUCGUCGAGAUGAUCGGCAACCGCCACCCGACGGCGCUCGUCAUCCUCGCGCACUUCGCCGCGUUGGCGUGGCCCUAUGCGAAGGUGGACUGGGUGUCGGACGGGUGGAGCGUCGCCGUGGUGAGCCUCGUGGACGGGGCCCUGGACGACAACUGGCGGUCCUGGAUAGAGUGGCCGAAGCGGAGCGUGACGGAGAGGAUCGAGGUUGACGAUAUGGAGAUUUAA